GGACCCGCGGUCCAGAAAAUUUUCAAAGAGUACGCGAGUAACAAUCGUAAAUUGGGAAAUAUGCUGAGUCGGAAGAAUUUCCUCAUCGAGUGCAGACGGAAUGGGUUUGUUCCACAACACAUUGUUCACUCGCUGAAGUGUGUACACGAACUGCUAGCAACGAGAAGCCCGUACGCCCGCAAGCUGGCAAACAAUAUCAUGCGAUUCCAGAAGACAUUGCUCAAUGUCGAAAUUGAGGAUGCCUUCUACCGUAUCAAGGUGCUACAUCGGGAAUUGGCACAUCUGCGGUCCCAAAUCGUGAACGACACGGAGCCGGUCAUAUAUCAGCAGUUCUUCACAAGCCAAGAAUUUGCGUUCUACAGCAAUUUGCACAACAGAACGGACCAGACCAACCGGAAGCUCCGUCGUAUCAUUUCGAGAGCGGUGGACGAUAACCAGGAUCGCCUCCCGGCAGUUAACGAAAGAGCGAUCUUGAACACGACAACGAAAGCGAUUCCCCCGGAGACCAAGAUAUUGCUGAGCAUGGGUCCCAAGUUCGUCUUACCGUACAAAACACCGUCGCACAUCCCGUUUUUUCAUCUGAUAGCUGACGUGGAAAACGUUCUUUCGUUAGGAGAGGACCAAGACGUACGUGAGCGCACGAGAUGUCAAAUCGUAAACCACAUACAAAACUUCGUGCAAAGAUUUCCGAGCAACAGCCCGUCACAGCUCGAGCGGUUCUGUCACAAAGCAGAAAUCCAAACGAGGAAAUUCGUCAAAGACAACCCGGACAUCCUAAUCACGGAAGCAGACAAGGGGAACAGGACGGUGGUCAUGAGUUUGGAGGACUACGAUGGGAAGAUGUUGCAGCUCGUCAACGACACCGAUACGUACGAACCACUGAAAGCAGAUCCGACAGAAAAAUACCAGCGGAAAAACAACAGCAUGGUUCAACGCCUGGUCAAUCUGCAGCUAAUCGACGGUAAAACCAAACACCAGUUGAUGUGCUACAACGCGGUGUGUCCACGCAUAUAUGGAUUACCCAAGGCACACAAGCAAGGAAUGCCACUACGCCCAGUGGUGCCCAACGUAACAGCACCAACGUACCACCUCAGCAAAUACAUCGCGCAAAUAUUACAGUCGUCGUUCACCAGCGAAUACGAUGCCAGGGACUCGAGGACCUUCUGUGAGUAUGUGAACGAACUGGAUGUACCCCCGGACCACAUAAUGGUCUCACUUGAUGCCGUAUCCCUGUUUACUAACGUAACCAAGCCAUCUGUCAUCCAUGACGUCAUCAUGAUAUGGGACCAAAUCCGGGAAAAAACUAGAAUCAACCUUGAUUUAUUCCUGGAAUUGAUCUCAUUCUGUAUGGAUGCCAGCUUUUUCUGCUUCAGAGGAAAGUUUUUCCAUCAACGGUCCGGCACAGCAAUGGGUAGCCCGCUGUCACCGGUGUUAGCAGACAUCGUGAUGGAUAGCAUCAUCAGCAGAGCAAUCAACGCAGCGAACAUCCCACCGCGGUACAUUCGAAAGUAUGUAGACGAUCUGUUUGUGCUGAUCCACAAAGAUCGGGUGCAGGAGGUACUCGAAAUAUUCAACCGGCAGAACGAAAGCAUCAAAUUCACAUGCGAGGUUGAAGAGGAAGGGAAGCUGCCAUACCUGGAUAUGUUGAUGAUCCAAACGGGUGAAGGAAGAAUAAAAACCGACUGGUAUUCAAAGCCUAUAUCGUCCGGCAGAAUACUAAAUUUUUUCUCCUUCCAUCCCAUUGAUCAGAAACUUGGGGUUGCAACGAACUUCAUCAAUCGAGUUCGUACCCUAAGUACUGUUCGGACAGAGGAGGAGAAAAAUCAGCUCAUCCGGAGACAGCUUUCAAGCAAUGACUACCCACUGCAUCUGAUAAACAGAAUGCUGCACCAACCGAGACCACCCGAAGUAGCAGACACGCCGAACAUAUACCGAUCCGUGGUGCACAUCCCCGGCCUAACACCAACCAUUAGGAGAAUACUGAGGCAAAAUGUUCCGUCGGUUGGCAUCGCAUGUAGCAACAACAACACAGUAAAACAACUGUAUAAAACAGCCAAAGAUCCCGUUCCCUACAUGCAGAAGUUCAACGUCGUCUACAAAAUAGCAUGCAGAGACUGCUCCGGUUGCUACAUCGGUAUGACCAAGAACCAGCUGCGUACGAGAAUGUAUGGUCAUCAAACGUUAAUAAACACGUUAGAUAGGAAGCUCUCAGCUGGAUCCUCAUACAGUGAUCCAGAGAUACUGCUACUAUCGCAGAAGACGGCUCUGAUGGAGCACUGUAUACAACACCAGCACAGAUUCGACGUAGCUAACCCGACCAUCAUAGACUGUUGUUUCAAAACACAGUCUCUCCCUGUUUUGGAGAUGUGCCACAUUCUCACCACUCCACAAACAGUAAACCGUCGUACCGAUACGGAAGACAUGAGCGCUACCUACAGCUUUCUCAUCGCAUCGGUAGACGAUCUCCGGAGAGAAAACAGACGAACAGAGGAAUCGAGAAACCAAUACACUGAUGCGAGACACACAACACAGAUCACACCGUCGGCUAAUACCACUGUACACACGGAUGAGUAACAGCUGAUCAGUAGAGGCGAUAGUCAGCACCGGCAGGUAGUGUCCGUGUACUAGCUAGGGAAUUCCCAAACUCAACCGGAACGAAUGGCCCAAAAGUGUACCAGACGGCGUGACCCUUUUCAACCCGACGGUUUACAAAUUAUACGAAAUUGUGUGACCUGUUGAUUUGUAUAUCGAGCCCUGAAGAUGGUCCAAUAGCCGGACCGAAACGUCGGCGAUGAUAUGUAAUUAGUCUACGCAAUUUUUUAUAGUGAAAAAUCUGGCCAAAAAGGCGUCAAAACGUUGUAACGUCACGGUAGAAUGUGUCAAUGUCAUAUACGACGAGGUGUUAAGGUAAGAGUUGAGGGAUGGAGAUCGUCGGCUUCGCUGACGACAUUUCGCUGGAAGUCUACGGUGAAUCGAUUGAAUAAGUGGAGUUGACUACACGGACAGAAAUGUUGUCUGUUCAAUAUAACUUAUUUCAAAGUUCUCUCAAGUUUCGAAGAUAUUCUU